AUGAAUUGGAAUAUCUUAGACAAUCUUCCUUAUGAAAUUCAUAUUCAAAUUUUGGAUUCAUUAAUUUUAACCAAUGAUAUCUUCAACUACCUAAAAAUUGUCCCCAAACUACAAGAUUAUUUUGCCAAACAUUAUAUACUCAUUAGUGAUAAAAUCAAUAAAGAGAAAUACUCACAUCUACCAAAUGAAUCUUUGAUAUUUUUAAAUGAUUGUGACAUCAAAUCACAAGAAUGGUCUAAAAAACUUCAUGAUUUCGGUGGCGUAUUAUUAUGGGAAUGUUAUUCAGUCUAUAAUUCUUAUGAUAAACUCACUGAGCUGAAACCGUCUGGGCUAAUGAUUAAAGGUGAACCUAAAAAAUCAAUGAAACUGAAAAUCACUGUUUAUGAAAAUCUAACAAAAGUUUCAUUUUUAUUUCAAAAUUUAUUUGAUAUUGGUCCAAAAUUGAUUUCAUUACAUGCACCAAACUGUCAAGAAAUGAUUAUUUAUCAAACUAGUUUACCUUCAAAAUCCAUGUUUAUAUUUGAUCAAUUACAGAAAUUAAAAUUGAUAAAUGUUAAAAAAUUUAAUAAAGUAUGGAAUGAUUGUUCACAGUUAAAAAGUCUUGAACUUCAAUUGUUGCCAGAUAGUUUUUCAAUUUCAAAAGAUUUCCAAUAUCCCGAAAGACUUUUAGCAAAUUCCAACCAACCAAAAACUUUACUUUUGAAAAAUUCAAUGUGUGCUAAUUUGAUUUAUUUGUAUCUAUAUGAUACCAUUAGGGGAUGUGGUCCAGGUAUUGAUUCUUUGUGUGACUUAAAUUUCCCAAAACUGAAAGUCCUUGAGAUUAAAUAUUGUCGUACAUUCAAGUCAAUUAUAAAUAUGAGUGCUGAGAAGUUACAAAAUUUUACAUGUAUUUCACCAAGUUCAAUAAUCAGAAUAGAUGGUCUUGAAACACCAGUCCUGAAAAAUUUUAUUAUUGAUGUAAAAAGUUGCACUAUCGACAAUUUUAAAAAGCCACAAAGCCUAAAGAUUUUUGAAAUAACAGAAUCGAAUAAUUGUGUUUCAAAUGCUGGAAAUCACUUAUAA